AAUAGCAACCCUUCACAUAAAGUUCAUUUCUCGCCUUUCCCUAUCCAUGGCUAUGAGCACUAUUUCUUACAGGUUGGAGAUGAUGGUGUAAACGAGUAUCCAGAAAGCAGCGCAGCUGUGCAACGCGAAACAGACUGCUCGUAUACAGUAUGGUGCUCAGGACGAGUUGGUGUCAAUGGAAUGCUCAUUCAGAUCAAAACUAUGAAACGACAAGACUUGAUAAGCAGGAUAAUGGCAUUCUUUUCGCCACAAAAGGAUAGGAUCACAUUCAAGCUCGAGCUCGACCCUGGAGAGCUUGAUUCCUUCGUAAUGAUCUUUGGUCAAAAGAAACCUGUCGUUAAACAACAUAAAGAUAUGCUCGACCUCAGCACUUAUACAGUGGAGAAGAAAACAACUUCACAGUUUGGGUUACCACCAAGUUUCGCUCUGUACACAGAACAAGUUGAGGCCACUUAUGCUAUUUUUGAACCUGGAGUAUCUGCAAUACUUCGUAAAUAUGAGAAAUCCAUUGAGUACGUACAUAUAUCCGAUCAGUACAGUGGACCGAAGCCACCGGAAGGAGAAACUUAUACUCGAUUGCCGGAAGUUGUGCGGUUGGUGCAAUUCAGCUUGAAUCUUGACGAAUGUCGUGAUAAAGAAGCACAAGCCGAGUUGCUUCAACUUAUGUUCUAUAUUGUGGACAAGAUUCGCAAGUUCCGCUUGAGCAAGGAAGCCAAGCAGAAGGCGGAUAAGAGAAGGCGUGAAGUCGAAGAAGCGUUCAUCAAAACAACGCAUCAGCUGCGACAAGAAGCUGCACAGGCACGGCGUGAAGAGAAAACUCGGGAACGAAAGCAACGACUUUUAGAGGAGGAGGAUCCAGAAAAGCAAAGACGCCUUGAGGUUUGUUCAAUGCAGAAACACUUUUUUCCUGCAUUUCGCGGCGGACGCGACUAUAUAAAGCGGUGUUUCAAUUUUGAAUGA